AUCAAAAAUGCUGACAUCUUUGCUUUGGCAAGACCGAUAGGUCGAACGAAGACACCUCUAGCUACCUUCGACCAAUAAAUGAUAAAAGAGACGCUGUAUAAUUGAGAUAACAAAAUAUAUCGACAAACAUGAUCCGUUACGAAUACUCUGCUGACAAUGGGCCUGGCCUGGCAGACGCGUCCAGUGCAAGCUGUGUCUCAGGUCAUAGCACCUUCAUGGUUGCGCCAGAGGCGGCGACGAUGCGGUCAUCAAUUUGCUCUUCCAGCAUCAGUAAUGCAGGUUGUACAACCAGAGCAUCUUCAGACAACGAAAAGCGUCUCUCUCUCAUAGACGUACGACCUCAUCGAGUCUGGCAGUGGCGCACGAUUUCGGCUUGGGUUGCUGUACUGCUGGUGGCGUUGUAUUAUGCCAUAUGGGGUGGAGGAGGUGGCACACCAGAUGAACUUACAGAAGGAGAAAGAACUUCCAAAGCCAAUAGUAGUACAACGGAUCAUUCUUCCAGCACUGCAAGUACAACAAAGCCAACACUUGCUGAUGGCAUACUAUCAGCAUCAUCUUCUCCUAGUAGUACUGCAACCGACAACGCAGCAGCCGCAGGUGAACAAAUGUUCUUCUUGUCUACGCCACACAACACCAUGUUUUUAGGAGCUCGGCAACAUUUGAUGCUGCUUUGCGUCUUAGGGCUUUUGGGGACUGCGUCGCGUAACACGCUGAUCUUGCAGGACAGACUAGUGUUGUAUCUAGGGCCUCUACCCGUGUGUUUCAUGCUCACGCGGAUUCCGUGGAGUGCGAUUAGGACUGUGUCUGUGUCGAAGACCUACCAAGCACGAGGAGGAGGAGGAGAACCCACUUCUGACGAGUUUGGUAGCAGUGGAGAGAGUUGUAGAAGUCGAAAGAAGUAUCAACACAAGGGCAGUUGUUUCUACAGGUGUUGGCUCUACUCCGGAUCUUUCAGGGCGUUGAUUGCAGGUUUACUUCUUCCAUUCUUCACCUGCUGUGGUAAGACGCAAGCCUUUACUGACUUUGUCGUCAGAAUUUCUUCCGCCGUGUGGGAUGCAUGUCAGGAUGCGAGACUACUUCCUGGCUGCGGACUCGUUUACCAUGUUGUCGAGCGUGGCAUUUGGCGUUGCAAAUCUAUGUUCUGGAGGACCAAGAACAUUUGUAGUGACACCAAGCAAGAGUACCCUUACUUGGUCCUCUUGGUGAACGUUAGCCAGUUAGAACGGUUGCAGACGAAGGAGCGGAAGGACUGGCAGAACGCACUGGAGCGUAAGGAAGGAGCGAUUGCAGGGGUUGAGCCGCCCACCACUGGGAUCGAAAUGCAGGCACAGCCGAGUGCAGGCGAUGAUGAAUGGCAGAAGGCGAUGAUGGAUGAAGUAGAUGAUGGUCAUGAUGGUACAUCUUUCAGACGCGCCACAACAGCUCCAACAGCGCUUGCAACUACAUCAAACAUGUUCGACGUAGAAAGCGGAACACCUUCAAAUCCGCACGACCAACACUUCCAUGACGAGAACGACUGUUUCGAAGAAAUUUGUGUGCAUUUACCCGAUGCCGUAGCUGUGAAGGACUUCAUCGACAAAGCCUUGUACCUGGACCCAGCUUGUCAGUUUGCGUCGUGGACAGAGGCCUCGGAUCCGUGGGUACCUUGUGAUGCGGGGGCUAGGGAGAGCGAUCACAUGCAAGGAACUAACUAUGCAUCCUCGAAAUCCGAUAGUGCUUCAUCAAGAAAAUCUGCUGUCGCAAUGGCGCCUACAACUUUCUUUGGCUUUGCUUUUGCAUCCAAUAACUCGAAAGAGAUGAAAGCUAGAGCAAUCGUAU